AUGGUUUUCAAAGCUUUACAAGCUUUGAUACUGGGCCUCAUCACUAAAAAAUAUGAUGCUUGCAACUUUAAGCUGAUAUUCAAUGAUCUUGGCUUGGCCAACUUGAUUGUUCGAAGCAAGGAAGACCUCACUGUUGUCGGAGUUGUGGACCUCGAAUGGUCUUAUAUCGGGCCUGCGCAGUUGUUUGGAUCGGCGCCCUGGUGGCUUCAGGAUAGACCUGAAAAGGAGGAGUGUAUGCCUGAGAAUGAAGAGAAGGAACUUUCAAGUCUGGUUAAGUGGCCGCAAGAUUCGGGAGCUAUGUGGCUACAUAUGUUGAUUUCGUUCGGAUUUAACGACCACCGCAGCUUUCCGUUUAUACAACUGCGUCGCUAUAUUAGGGGUACCAAACGGGCGCAAUACGAGGAAAUCUUUGAUGAUGCUGAGGAGAUUGACACAUUUGCAAUGCGGAAGGUGAGCCAGUUGGACGAGUAUGAUGAAGCACCGGACGGAAAAAGCGCUUGUGGAUAGUGGGAAGAUGACAAGGGAGGCAUUUGUUGCUAAAUCU